AUGAUGGCAGUGAACAGCCCUAGUGGGUAUCCCCCCCUCUCCCCAAAGCCGCUCACUCCAAAAAGCCCUCGACAUUUCAUUUUCCCGCAAAAAAGCCCAUCCAUUACAUCCAGUACAUCUUCUUCAGGAUAUUAUACCCCACAAUCUGGCUGUAGCUAUGAUAAGCAUGGCCCUCCAAAAAGCCCAAUCGCGCAUGGUCACCGGAGUCCAGCAAGUCCAAGACACUUUCACUUUCCUCAAGUAGCUGAAUCACCAUCCGAACGAGGCAGUCCUUGUAACUUUGAUCGACCUCACCACGGCCUUCAUUACACGACUUCUCUCAAACACAGCCGACGUGAAAAAUCCAGGUCGCCGAAGCCACCACCAGUUCAUAUCCAUACCAACCCUGGCUACGUAUCUCCUAAUAGGACGAGGAAAUUAUAUAGCUCUACUUCCACAGUAAGUUCUCCCCGGCUGGUGACAUCUCCGAGCAUAAUUUCAAGUCACACAGAUGAUUCUAUUGACGCGAUGCCUGGGACGCCGUCUGCGAUUGUCAAUGACGCUGAUGAUGAGGCGACGGAAACUUCUUCACGAAUUUGCCGAAAGUCCACAUCGGACUUGACUGAUAUGACAGAUGAUACUCCUCAAACGCGAUCGACCAGUAUUAGUAGACCAUGCUCUCCGAUGCGGAGAGGGUCGAUGAAGGGAGGGCUUGCAUACUUGGCCAGCAGGCGAGGAUCACGGGAAUCAACGGUGUCGAAUUGUGACUCAGUCGAAGAUAUUGGACCACUAAAUUUCCAAAAUACAAUGCGUGGUCGGCAAAGGCGAACAUCUAACUUUUUGGAAUUACCUGUGGUAGAACAUUCAAGACCGAGGGUGUGCUCUUUGCCGGAGAAACCUUACAACCCCCGACUCUCUGACGAUCUGUACAGGCUAAGAACAUUCUCGAUUACCACAAAAGGAGGGGUAGUGAAUUGUGGCGACUCGAUUUGCAAUCGUCGCAGUCGAUCCAAUACAUCUGUUAAUUCUACGAAUAGCAGAGCUUCUGAUAGAUCUCCAUUUGACGGGUCGUGUUGCUCUGGAUACCGGCCAGUUGACUCUGCCAGCCUUGACACGCCUGAUGAAGAUGACUUAGAUCCGAUACCAAAAUAUCGAGUAGUACUUCUCGGCGAUGCAGGAGUCGGGAAGACAGCACUCGUGUCUCAGUUCAUGACGUCGGAAUAUAUGAAUACAUACGACGCGAGUCUCGAUGACGAGUUUGGUGAGAAAUCAGUGUCUGUGCUGUUAGAUGGUGAAGAAUCAGAACUUAUAUUCAUUGAUCAUCCCAGCACUGAAAUGUCGGUUGAAAACUGCCUAUCGACGUAUGAACCGCAUGCCUGCGUGGUGGUAUACUCGGUGGUUGCGAAGAGUUCCUUCCUCAGAGCUGGAGAACUUCUUGCUUAUCUUGCAAGAGAACAGUUCACUGUGGACAGAACUGUUGUUCUGGUUGGAAAUAAGGCUGAUUUAGCCAGGGCGAGGCAGGUCUCCACUAAUGAGGGCAAGGCUCUGGCCACGUCAAAAGACAGCAAGUUCAUCGAGACCUCAUCAGGCAUUCAGCACAAUGUAGACGAACUACUAGUAGGGAUCUUAAAGCAAAUAAGAUUGAAGGAGAAUCGGGAUAAGAAGCAAGCAAGAAAAAGUGGGAAACAGGAAUCCAAACCAUCGAAGCUUGCAAGCUCCCGCACUCAUAUUUCUCUCAGCAUUGCUCGUGAACUACUGCAGAAGAUUUGCAUCAAUGACAUAUCCAAAUCAAAAUCCUGCGAAAAUCUACACGUUUUA